CCACACAGCUCCUGGGAGAGGCUCCUGUCAGAGCCGGCAUCCAGGGAGCCCCACCUGCCGGGCUCUUUAAAUCCAGCCUGGCUGGGCUCCGGGGCUCAGACGCAGCAGCUCCACCAGCACCAUGAAGGCCUGGGGGUUCCUCUUAGCCCUGGCACUGCUUGCGCUGGGCACCCAGGGGGCUUCCUUAGCCAGCAAAGGGAACCAAGCCAAGGAUGGCUACUGCUACAACAUGCCCCCCUUGGGAGACGUCUUUGACACCCAGGACUGCAGCGCCUGCCAGAAGAACGGGUCCUGCUCCACCUGUGCCAGGGAUGAACACUGCCCAGGGACCCAGAAGUGCUGCCCGGGAGACUGCGGCUACGUCUGCGAGGAAGCCAUUAUGGAUGUUUGCCAGCUGCCCUCCAUCUGUGGCAUCUGUAAGGCGAUGUUCCCACGCUUCUUCUUCAAUGUUUCCACUCUCAAAUGUGAGGGAUUCAUCUAUGGCGGCUGCGGCGGCAACAAGAACAAUUUUGAAUCUGAAAGUCAGUGUCUCAGAACCUGUAGGUCGACCAAGGGGAGCGCCUAACCGUUGGCAGGAACAGAGAUGGCAAAAACCACCAGAUUGGACUCCCGGAUCAGCUGCUUUCCUGGACCCCCGACUCUGCCGCUGCCGAGAUAGGAUAAGGAUGACGCCUCUGAGUGAUUGGAGCUACCUUGCCUGUCCCCCCCCCCGAAUGCCCCUCCAUACAGUCUGCUUUGUGUGUCUGUGAAGUUGCCUCCAAAGGACACUUUCUCCCAAUCCUUGGGCUGGACCCGGUUGGCGUGUUCCUUGGCUAUGACCCUCCCCUUAAAGAGUUUCAUGUCCCUUUACAUGCGUGUUGAGGAAGGUUGGUCCUCCGUUCCCCCCCCACAGAUUAGAUGAGGGGACUGGCAGUCCUGGGUAACCUGGCCAGAGGGGACUCCCUCUCACUCCCUCUCCCCUUGCCCCCAGGACAGGUCUUGCUUAUCGGGCAGUGGGGUCUCUCUCAAGAGAAAGGGGGAUAGAGGGGCCCCCAAGCACAUGGGGCCCCUUGGCCCUUGGGGACCCGACUUGGCUGCAGCAGGGCCAAAACUUCCACCUUCAGAGCUGGGGGGAGGCAGCCUUGAGUCAGCCCAGACACAAAAUGGCCCCAUCCUGAUUCAGGAAGCCCCAAAUCUGGGGAAAGAGGCAGGCAAUGGCUGAAGGGAGGGCUGGAAGCCGGAGACCCUCCUGGACACUCACUGCUCAAUCUUUCCCAGCCCAAUGUGCCUUACAGGGCAGAGGGGUGGAGAAAAGAUGGGGGAGGUGUGUGUGUGUGUGUGUGUGUGUGUGUCUGUUUCUGUAUCCUGGGGGAGAGUUGGGAUAGAAGGCUGAUCAAUGAAUGAA